GGGACUCUGACGUUCCACUCACGUCGCGCGCUAAAUUUGUUUUGUGUUGAAGUAAAAUUCAAGGAACAACAAUACAGAGGCGUAUCGGCCGCACACAACCAUUUUAAACGGGUUUCUUCUUGUUGUUUUCGAACCAAACUUGUUUUUACAUUAUCCUUACAAAAUGGCACAACAAGCUGGUUACUCACCUAGUUUCAAAAGACCAGCUGAAAUCCUGCGAAUGCGGAGGAAGAGAGCCCGCAGCCAGGGUGUCAGUUCUGGCGGCCGAGGCGCGAUUGCCAGCCCGUGUGAGGGUGCCUCUAUAUCCGCUGUUCGACCAUUCUCCCCAGGACCCCUGUUCGGCCAGGGUCACUCUGGAGGGGGAGUGAAGCGGAGAAACCCAUUUGCUAGCAUCGAGAACACCUUCAGCAGCCCAGCGAAGAAGAAAGUCUUUAUUUACACUGAUGAUGACGACGCCGACUCGUCGGAUUCUGUGAAGCCGGGCGGCUCUGCAGGAGUGGAGGGAGAGAAGUCACCAACAAGAACGCUGCCAUUUAGUGAACGACUUCUCCAGGCAGAAAAACUAAGCAAAGACGUGCCCGGCAAGAAACCAACUUCUCUGUCUGAAGACGACUCACAGUUUGAAGAUGAGGAUUUGUUCCAGGAGGAGAGAACAUCCAUACUGAAGAGUCCCCAGGCUGGUGCAGUAACCUCCAUAGCACCCCCUGUGUGUGUGGAGUACCCUGCAGACUGGAGCCUGAAGACGCAUCUCCUUUUCACCUCCCUGCUCCCCUUCUCCUGGGCUGUACAGCCCAGAGCUACAGAGGAGGCCCAGGGUCUUACCCAGCACUGUAGAGGACAGUACACCACUAUACCACAGAGUAUACAGGACCCUCGGACAUCUGCUGAGCUACGAUGUGGGUUCCAGCAGUGUCUGCAGUUCUGGCAGCACCCGUCCCUGUCCUGGCUCUCUCUGUUCCCCCGGAUAGGAGCAGAGAGAAGCUUCACUGGCAAGAACGUCCCCUGGGCCCAGGACAUGGCACUUCAACAGAGCCUCAUGAGUGAAUGGUCAGUGAGUCUGUCCUCCCUAUACAGUCUAUUGAAGGCCAGACUAUGUCCAUAUUUCUAUGUGUGUUCCUACCAGUUCACUGCUCUUUUCAGAGCCUCAGGACUGGCGGGGAACAGCAUCAUCACUGCACUACUCACCCCAACCACCAGGGGGCUCAGAGAGGCCAUGAAGGCUGAUGGUAUUGAGUUCACACUCCCCCUGCUGGAAGAGAGGAGGAAGAGCAAGGAGCAGGGAUCAACUGCACACAACCAGGAGACAGAUGGAGAGGAGGAGGAGGAGACACGGUCUGAAGCCAGUGACAAGGAAGAUGAUGAUGAUGAUGGUGGGUUUUCCUGGCUGACGGAGAUGGGAGUGCAGGAUAAGAUUAAGAAACCAGACAACAUCUCCAUCAAACUGCACAAAGAGCGCAACUCAGUGUGUUUAGACCACAAACCAGAGUCUGUAGUCUGUGUGUCGGGAACGCACACCUUCACUCUCAUCAACUUCCUCAUCAACUGUAAGAGCCUGGUGGCAGGGGCUGGAUCACAGGCAGGCUUGCCCCCCACCCUACUGGCCCCUACAGCCUUCAGAGGAGCUACGCUACAUUCACUCAAGGCGCGUAGCGUGAACGUGAAGACUCAGGUGCGUGCUGGGUACCAGGACGUGUGCAGUCUAGAGGUGACGGGACCCAUAAUGCCUCAUUCUCUCCACGCCCUGACCCGCAUGCUUCGGCCUGCUCAGAGAGGAGGCUUCAGCACCGCGCUCUACACACACGAACCCACCGCUGUCCUCAACACACACACCACCAGGGAACAGGCUGAGCAGGCUGUAGAGCUGGAUGGAUGUGGUCUUCAUCCCAGCACCAUUCAGCAGCUCCAGGAGCCCUCUACCUUGGGGAAGUCUCCCCUCAGACAGCUCCAUUUGAACAACUACUCCUACACAUGGAAGUCCUGAGAGCAACUCACCCUGUCUCUAUCAGACUGCCAGGCUGGGUCCCAAAUUGCACCCUUUUCUCUUUAUAGUGAAAUGCUUUUGACCGGAGCCCAAUAAAGUAGAACACUAUAUUGGAAAUAGGGUGCCAUUUGGGACACAACCUAGGGCCAACAUUCCUUUAGUGGACCGUACCAUUCCUACACUGCCGUAUACUUACUGUCCAUAUUUGUAUGAAUAGCCUGUCCACAAACUCCUGGUAUGCUGGCAAUUGUAGUUUUACUAACCCCCUGUCCUCUGUACUACAACCCAAUGACUGAUGGGAUUUUUAAAAAACAUUUAUUUGACCUUUAUUUAACUAGUCAAGUCAGUUAAGAACAAAUUCUUAUUUUCAAUGAUGGCCUAGGAACAGUGGGUUAACUGCCUUGUUCAGGGGCAGAACGGCAGAUUUUAUUUUACCUUGUCAGCGCAGGGAUUCGAUCUUGCAACCUUUCGGUUACGAGUCCAACGCGCUAACCAGUAUGCUACCUGCCGCGAAAUGGACUUCUUGUACAUGUAACAUUCCUGGAUUUGCCAUAAUGAGAUGGAUUUGGCUAAAACGGGCUUGUUGUUGAUUUUAGACCCUAAGAUGUUUUUGUCUUGAACCAUUUUUUUAAAUGUCUGUUUUAAGAGCUUUUAUUUCAACAUAAUUGUUCAACAUAUAGUAUCUCUACUGGUGACAUUUUAUUGGAUUAAAUUCAUUUGUCACGUGA